AAACAAAAUUAAUGAAACCCAUUUUACUAUUAGUUCUUUUGGCAACAGGAUUGGCAUCAGAAUCAUUUUUAUCAACUAAAUAGGAGAUUCAAGAUAGUAGUCAUUUAAAAGAUUUCUUAAUGGGCUACGCUGCAGGUAUUUUAGAUUCAAAGAAUAUAUAGGAAUUGGAGUGUUGGACGCAAUGCCAGACAUAUUACAUUGUGUAGGCACAGUGUCUGGAUUUCAAGAAGACUUUUAAAAGGCUCUUGAAAAUCUGAAAUCUAAAAAUAUAGAACUUAUUGUAAAAGGAGUGUAAAUAAUCGCCAAACUAUUUGACAAAGUAGCAAAUGACUGUGGAAACACUGCAAUCGAUGGAGUGAAGUCAUAUAAAAAUGUUGUAGCUAUGAUAAAAGGUAUAUAAGUUCAUAUAUUCAAUAAAGCUAAGGGAUUCAUUAAAAGAGGGUUGAUUUAUAUUGGAUAUAAUUUGGAUGAGAUGAUUUAGGACUUUUAAUCAUUCCUUUUCUUAGGGGAUGAUCAAUGGCUCCUGAAAGGUGCCUACAUUGGUGAUAUUGUGAAGACUUUUUUCACCGGAGAACCAACUGAUAAAUGAUUAUGAUAAAAAUUGAUUAAUAUGUAAAAUAU